CACUACAAACCUCCGUACAACCACUGCUCCUCUUCUUCGACGUCCGCCAUUUUGGCACGCUGUGUGUGAGCCGCUUCGGCAAACUUCGGGUCUUUCCGGAAACUGCCGAUCACUCGAUAACCAAGAUGGCGGCGCCCAUGUGCAGGGGCAAAAUUCUGGCAGUCCUCUGCAUAAAGAAGCUCCAAGUUCAACAUGGAAGAUUUCCGUGGACUUUGAAGCGAGCUCAGUUUUUCAUGUCUUCUUCUUCGUUCUCAAAAUUCUCGUUGUUUAAUGAGACAACAUGUAACAGAACACAACAACAAGCAACCAAAAUGCUCCACUGGAGAAGAAACAUCGCAUCUUUGGAUGGGAGUCACAAAUCCUGCAUCCCCAUUGGCUGUUGCAGUUUUUCCUCAUCAUCUGCACCAACCAAUGAGAGCGAGGGCUCAACCAGACCACAUACAGGAGUCAAGCUGCCCACAACAGUAAAAAUAAAGACUCUAGAUGCUGUCGGACAAAGGAUUCGACCUGGAACAAUCCACCUUUUCGAUCAAGAGGGGAAUAGCAUGGGAGCAAUCCACAGCUAUCAGGCUUUGAAACGUUUAAAUGAGCCUGAAAACAGUGGCCUUCGGUUGAUCUUGAUUGACGCUGAUGCAAAACCGUACGCAGCAUACCAACUCAUGACCCCACAACAACUGCUGGAAGAGAGAGCCAAACUGAGGGAAGAAAAGAAGGCGCAAAAAGGAGUGGGAGCGGUGCAGUCCAUGCGAUUUUCGUCAGACAUUACGAAACACGACCUCACACACAAGGUUCACAAGAUAGACAGUUUCAUUGAGAAGAAGUCGCUGGUCAAAAUUUCCAUCACCAACCCUAGAAAAAGCAAGAAAACAACAGAGGAUAUGGUAAAGCUAGCAGACAACAUUCUGAAGUCCUUGACGUCCAAAGCUACCUACCAGACCCCUCCAGCACUGAAGGGAACAUCAGUCAAUUGUGUACUCAGGCCUCUGUCAGACAAGGAAGCCAGUACGGGCAAGAAGAAAUAAAGACAAGGCUUUCUUUAACAUCUUACAUGUCAGAGACACUACAAAUGGACACAAGAAAUUCUGGCUCGAGAGUACUAAGGAAGAACUCUGUUGUAUCAAAAGAGAACAUACUUUUACCUUAAAAGUUUAUUAUACAUGUACUCUUCAUGUAGAGGUUCGGCUCCAGCUGUUUUUUGACGUUCUUUUAGGUGUUUUUAUCAGGCAGUGGGGUAUAUAACAUUAGAGAAAACCAUGCAAAAUAGAAAGCCUGUCAAAAAAAUGUUAAAAAACAGCCGGAGCCAAACCUCUGCUUGGAGAGUACCUUUGUCAUAUGAGGAAUGAUGCCUUGUCAAUAGGUGGCCGUAUGUUAUACAUGGUAAAUAGAAUUUUCUUUAGAUUUAAAUUGGUAGAUAGAUGAACAUCUACAGUAGUGCAAAGUCAAUGGAGAAAACUGUGAAACUGCAUUAUCUUACAUUGUAUUUCAGCUGUAGUCUUUCUGAAUAUAAUGUGUAAUAGACCUUAGCUUAGUGAAAUACAAAAAAAUUAGGACUGAAUUUGUUCAUGUACUCUUAAGUGUUGUAAAAUGCAUGUAUAAUUAAUUAAACAAAUAUGCUGAAGAUGUGGAUUUAUAGAGAAAUUACUUAUGUAUUGGAUAGAACAAUAUUUAUCUACAAGACCAUCACCGGCAUUUCCCUGCAUAAUAAAAUAAUUACUAGUUGCAGCUAUUGUCUGUAUAGGAACAUACAUUCUGGACUUGCAGGUCUAUUAAAGGAAUUUCAGAUAAUAUAGUCAGUCCUAGCCUGAAUGUAUAACAAACUGAAAAUAAAGCUACUGCUAGUAUUGCUUGCAUAUUAGUAUUAUAAACAUAAGGAGACUAUACCAUGUUAAGAUGCUUUCUUCUGCUUGAGUUUUGUAAACUGUGCUACUAAAUGCAAGUCUUGAUCUAUUUGUGUCUAUAAAGCUGAUUGGAUACUUA